CCGAACCUCGUACGUGACGUAAAAAACAUGGCUUCGCGAGCCCCCUGUUUCUGUUGCUCCGCGACAAUAUUUUAAGUUUUUCUGCGUUUUUUCGCAAAAUGGACAAUAAAAAAAGCCCCAUUAGACGCGCGAAACGCGGCCCCAAAGUGAUCGAGGACAAUUUCUGGGAUUGCAGUGUGUGUACGUUCAGAAACACCGCGGAAGCGUUCAAAUGUUUGAUGUGUGAUGUUCGAAAGGGCACCUCGACGAGGAAACCGCGGAUAAAUCCCCAAUUGGUGGCCCAGCAGGUGGCCAGUCAGUUUUUGCCCGCGACCAGCAGUGCCAGCACCAUUAAAAAGGAGAGAAAAGACAAAAAAGCCCUGAAAAAACGACGACAUCCGCCCCGGUUAAAGAAUGUAGACCGGAGCACUGCCCAGACGAGAGAGGUGACUGUAAAUAGUGUAACGGUAGUUAUAACUGAAUAUAAACCCAAAAUAAAGUCCUCAGAAACUGUGUCUAGUAGUAGUUCAUCUGACCACGGAUCCCAAUCAGAGUCCAGCAUGGAUGCAAGGUUGGAAAGUAUUCUGACUUUCAGACAGUCUGAAUAAAGCAUCAACCUAAUUUUUAUAGGCCGUCCCAUGCAUUUUCUUAGUAAGAGGCCCCUUAUGUAAACUUUGUAUGUCCUAGGCAAAAUUAUUGGUGCUUUUUUUUCUGUAAAAAAAUCAAGGUUCUAGUUAAGAUUAUUUCAUUACAAGCAAAUCUCAGUAAAAUUGGUGUUUUUUUACUAUGAAUUGAUUGUACUCGUCGUAUAUUACUGCCAUAAUAAGUUCUCUCCAUAGAACCACUGCCCCAUUCAAAUUCAAACAUAAGUUUAAGUGACAAUUAAUAAAUUGUGUAUUUGUGUGUGUAUUGUAUAAAGUUAUUUAUUUUGUAGUGAUACUGUUCUUAAGGUCUGUAGAUUUAAUUAGUUUUAAUGUUCUCUAUCUAGUACCUUAAUGUCUUUUAUAUAAAUGUAGAGCUCCUAAAUGUCUGGGUAUUAUAUAGUUUGAAAAUUCAAUUUUCAGUAUUUAUGAAACAUUUUCUCCACUUUUCCUUAAGGUGUUACCAUUGUAUUAUAAUUUUCCACUUGAUUUAUUAUUUUAUUGUAAGUAAUUUUGUUUUUUUUAUUGUUCAGUUCAUUGUUUAUUAAAGUUUUAAUGACCA